CAAUAUCUAUACGAAGCCUCACUUUGCUCCUCCCUCUCUCUUGUUGGUAAGCAGAUAUGGACGAGUCUUGGCGGAUGCGCAUGGGAAUGCACGUCCGUUCUCCGCCGCGGCCCACCGCCAGGGCUCCCCCGCCGCCGGACCUCACGGGGAGGGCGCCGCCCCCCGAGACCCUCAACCCCGACGACUUCUCCGACGUCUUCGGCGGCCCGCCGCGCACCGUCCUCCUCCGCAAGUUCUCCGGCGACUUCGCGCCCGCCGAUCCCGUCUCCAGCUUCUACGACGAGGUGUUCCGGCCGCCGGAGUUCGCCUCCCCGGCGAAGAAGUCCGGCCGGAGCCUGCCGGCGUUCAGGAUCCAGGCGGCGGCGGCGGCGGAGGUGUUCUACGGGGAUGUGUUCGGGUCGGAUAGGGACCGGAGGUCGAGGGAGCGGUCGAGGCCGGGGUCGAAGGUGAUGUCGGGGUCGAAGUCGAAGUCGAAUUCGUCGUCGGCGCUGAGCUCGGAGGAGCUGAGCCCUCUCCGGCCAGUGAUCAGGGACGACGUCGGACUGUCAUCUUUCGCUUCGAAGCUCAGGCCGAUCAACGUGCCGUGCCGAUGGAAUUCAAUCGCAACUGCUCCCGGCAAUGAUCUAAAGAAGCAUGGAAUUCCAGCAUUUACCUACAGCCCGCCUUCAUGGCCUGAUGAGCGACUUACCGAACAAGAACACAAAUCGAACUCGAGAAGCUCGUACAAUGGCUUUGCGCGGCCCGUUCCGUCGCCGGAAUCCGUUACCGAAGAACCGAGCUCGCGCCGGCGAAUGAAGAUAUCGGUCGAGGACGAUGACAUGGAGAUCAACUCCCCGUCAUCCGUGAUCUCUUCGCUCUGUCAAGAUCCUGAGGGCAACAACCUCAGCAUCCGAGAUCGGGUUCACGUGGUCCGGGAACGAGAGAUAGAGGACCAUGAGGAAGAUGAGAUAUCGGGUUCUUUUGUCAUUGAGAUCGGUACUUCGAAUCGCCGAGAUGGCUCCGGCGAUGCAUUGGGGAUCGACGAGGCGAUUGCGUGGGCCAAGGAGAAGUUUCAAGCGCCGGGCGACGGGAAAGACGGAUGGAGCGAGACGGAGCUCGGGAAGCAGGACUCUCCCGAAACCGAAGAGAUGUCAAAAGCUUGUGAAUUUCUUGACACAAGCAGACAUAGCAAGAUGCAAUGUUCAGAGGAAGAACAAGAUGAGCAGACGGGAGAAGACGGCGGCACGCGAUCAGACAAAGACAAGGAAAUGGAGCUGUUGGAUCAAAACUUACGGGCAUGGUCGGUCGGCAAAGAAACAAACAUCCGGCUACUCCUCUCGACACUACAUCAGAUCCUCUGGCCGAACAGCAGUUGGAGCUCGGUGCCCUUGAUGAGUCUCAUGGAGAGCUCUCAAGUGAAGAAGGCUUACCAGAGAGCGAGGCUGUGUCUCCACCCUGACAAGCUCCAGCAGAAAGGGGCGACGGAUCGGCAAAAGUACAUCGCCCAGAAGGCCUUCUCGAUCCUCCAGGAAGCUUGGGGUGUGUUCAUCUCUCAGAAUGCCCUCUUUAGCUAAGUGCAAAGAUGGGCGAGACCCGAACCUUCUUCGUUGCUCGGAGAGCGACGGAUCUCAAAAAUUCGGCUAAGAGAUCGAGUUCGAACGAUCGCCAUGGGUAUUCCUAUACGGUAUUUCACCGUGCGCUCGAAUCACACCUGAAUAUCGCUCGGAAAAUUUUUGUACUAUAGUUUCUCAGUUUGUGCUUGGUGCAUCUUGACAUGUUCCAAUCUGCCUUCUGUUUUGUCAAUAGCAAGAAAAGGAGAUGAAAACUGACUGUUGAUUUGCGUAUAUGAUGUGAGUUUCCGCUUUGGCUUAUGUAAUGUGCACAUUAUUCAGACAGCAUUUCAGAAAUUGAUAGUGUAUGGUGUUGGCUUUU